UCGUAUUUUAAAGAAUCAAAACAAUCCAGCUCAUCAACAUCGAAAUUUUAGCAUAUUUUUGAUCAAAUUUCCCCAUAAAUCCCUUUAAAAAAUGGUCGAUGAGAGCACACGGAAGACUCUGAGCGGCAUUCCGCUUCUUCAGACAAAAGCAGGCCCGCGUGACAAGGAUUUGUGGGUGAAAAGACUGAAGGAAGAGUAUCAGGCAUUGAUCAAAUACGUUCAAAACAACAAAGAAGCUGAUGCGGAUUGGUUUCGCUUGGAAUCGAACAAAGAAGGCACAAAAUGGUUCGGAAAAUGUUGGUACGUUCAUAAUUUGCUGAAAUACGAAUUUGAUGUUGAAUUUGACAUUCCUGUGACUUAUCCAACUACAGCGCCCGAAAUUGCAAUUCCCGAACUCGAUGGAAAGACAGCGAAAAUGUAUCGCGGCGGAAAAAUUUGCCUUACGGAUCAUUUCAAACCUUUGUGGGCAAGGAACGUGCCAAAAUUCGGGAUUGCACAGGCAAUGGCUCUCGGAUUAGCGCCUUGGUUAGCAGUUGAGAUCCCAGAUUUGAUCGAAAAGGGCGUCAUUUCAUACAAAGAUAAAGCCGACCAAUAAAGAUUUUUGUUGAUUUUUUUGUUAAA